AUGAUGCCGACAGUCCCGCUGGACGUGGUGGCCGCCGAGAGCGACUCGCCGUUCCCCAGCAUGAGCCUGCAGUUCCUGCAAGACUUGGGCAUGGACUCCAGCGACUACCACUUCAUGUUUCGCACGCCGCGCAGCCCGGCAUCCAAUGUUUCUGUCGUGGGCGAUGGCACGUCCCGGAUCGCGAACGCAGAGUCGGUACAAGGUCAUGCGCCGACGACCGUCUCCCACCCCCUCUUGGAUGGGCAUACGGACACGAGACCGGAGGCUCUUGGAUCAACGGGAGAUAUGGAUCCAUAUAUUCUGCGAAAGUAUCGGACUGAUGACCACGGGACUUUCAAGUUCAAGCAACUCGCCAUUUGCUUGGCGCAGGACGAGCCGUUCCCUGUGCAGUUCCUCCUCUCACAGCCGUUACUCUUUGGCAAGUCUCAGGAGCAGGCUGGCCACGCCACCCCCGGUGAAGCAUAUUUGAAGACACAAUUGGAGCAACUAGUUCCAGCCGAGAUGGGAAACCGACUUAUCUCACUAUGGUUCAAGUUUGCCGCGGCUCAGUACCCUAUCUUCUCAUCCGCUGCUAUACCGAAUCCCAACAAAAGCUCAGCUCACCUUCUCGCCGCUGUGUACGGCAUUGCCGUCCCCUUCGCGAUGCAUGACGACAAGCUUUGUAUUGAUCUCGCAUACGAAGCUUUCCCUUACUCCACUUUGGCGCAAGUACUGAACAGGUCGCUGGCAACAGACCUCCAUUCGCCGAGCCUCGAAACGGUGCAGACGUUGUUGCUGCUGGUGCUGAGACCAUCACCAAGCCCUCUAGUCUCUGAUGCGUCGCAUCGGUGGAACCUCAUGGGAAGUCUCGUUUCUGCCGCUGUCAAUGUCGGACUGCACUUGAAUCCUGCAACUUGGGCGCUGCCGGGAACAUACGUGGCCCUGAGACGACGGCUGUCGUUCCUCAUCUACUCGACCGACCGGCUGCUCGCUGCCAGCUUGGGCAAGCCUCCACUAAUUGACAGGGACAACUGGCUUGUUACUUCAUUAUUGCAUUCUGAUCGACUAGACAGCAAUGUGCCUGAUGCAGAUUGGCAAUGCCUGUGCAAAUUAGCUGUGGUAGCUGCGCUGGUCGAUGAGGCUUUGGCAAAGCUAUAUUCCUUACGAAUAUUGCAAUCGGCGUCCCAGAAACCAGAGCUAAGCGACAUGGCCAUGUCACUGGCACGCAAUCUGCAUGAGUCCGUCCAUCACGACGACCAUCCGUAUGCAACUAAUCAAUCACACCAGCGACCAAUGCACCUGUCGCUGGCGAUUUGCGAUCUAGCCUACCAUUAUACAUAUCUCCUUCUGCAUCGCGCGGCAAUGCGGACGUUUCACCAUCUCGAGAACCUGGACGGCUCUCCCCAUCUUGCUGCACAAGCUCAGAUCGUGCGACAAAGCACGAGAGACUGCACCGAGGGCUUUCAUGCCUUCAUCAAGAACCUGAAAGCAGAGGAUGUAAACGGCGUUUGGCCGCCGUGGGCGCAGGCUGCGAUCUCAUCUCUAUGCUUCACGCAGCUAACAAUGGUUGCUUCAGCACCCACGCAUGACGAGGCUCUCGACUGGAUCAAGCGACUGCAGAUGACGCGGACAGAGCUGCGACUCAAAGCAAAGUCAUUUCCCAUCCUCCGUCUCGGCCUACUUCGGAUUGACUCGAUCUUUUGGCGCGGCGUUGACAACGUCCUUCACCUGCAACCACAUGUUUCUCAAGCAUUUACUUCGUUUGAAGCCAUCACAUGAUCAAGAACGCCUGAUGCAGCGGCUGUAGCCGAUAUCUUUCCGUUUACAAUAUUCCGCUCAGGGCCUCUGCGACUUACAGCCUCGGGCG